AUGGAAAGGACCAAUGAGAGCAGCCCAGUAGGAUUCAUCCUACUGGGCUUCUCUGACCAGCCCCAACUGGAAAUGGUUCUCCUUUUUGUCAUUUCUAUCUUUUACAUCUUGAUCUUGGUAGGGAACACAACCAUCAUCCUAGUAUCUUAUCUGGACCCUAAACUCCACACUCCAAUGUAUUUCUUUCUUUCCAACCUUUCCUUCUUGGAUCUCUGCUUCACUACCAGCAUUAUCCCCCAGAUGCUAUGGAACCUCAGGGGACCUGAUAAGACCAUCACUUAUAUUGGCUGUGUAAUUCAGCUGUAUGUAGCUCUAGGGCUGGGUUCCACUGAGUGUGUUCUCCUGACUGUCAUGGCUUAUGAUCGCUACAUUGCUAUCUGUCGCCCCCUUCACUAUGCCAUUAUCAUGCAUCCAAGGCUUCUCAAACAAUUGGCAGCUGUGAUCUGGGCCAGUGGCUUCAUAGAGUCUUUGGUUCAGUCAAUACUGACUUUUCAGUUGCCUCUCUGCAGUCAUCACAGGCUGGAUGAUUUUAUGUGUGAAGAGCCAGCUGUGAUUAAAAUCGCUGCUGUAGACACCACUUUCAUGGAAAAUGAACUCUGUAUAGCCAUUAUACUCUAUGUUGUUAUACCUUUGGGACUUAUUCUGAUCUCCUAUGGAUGCAUAGCUAGGACUACAUUGAGGAUAAAGUCAGCUGAAGGGAGGAAGAAGGUUUUUGGAACCUGUGGUUCUCAUUUGGUAGUAGUAGCCUUGUUCUUUGGAACUAUAAUUGCUGUUUACAUCCAACCCAAAAAUAAGUAUACUGAGAAUCAAGGCAAGUUCCUUACCCUCUUCUACACUGUGGUGACCCCCACUCUCAACCCCAUGAUCUAUACCUUGAGGAACAAAGAUGUGAAGGGGGCACUGAGAAGAUUGCUGGGUCAAAACCAAGGUUCUGGGGAAACAUAG